AUGGACAGUACUUCCAAAGAAGAAAAAAAUGAAUUACACCCUAAGCAAAUGCUUGAAGAUAAUUAUAAAAAUAUAAAAAAUAAUUCCGAAGAAGAUAAUCACCAUGAAUUUCAUUACAAAGCAACACUUUUGCGUCAUACUUACAAUUUAAACCCUGAAAGAAUAAAUGAAGUACAAGAGAACUUUAAAAAAUACUUAAAUAUCUUCUUAGCGUACAUAAGAACAGAUAAGCCAGAAUCUGCAGAUUUCUUUCAGCGCGUUACACUUGGAAGAUUCUUUAAGAAGUUAUUCAUGCUAAUUACAUUUGUUAUCCAUCCGAUUAAUUGCGAUGAAUCAUUAAAACAAUUGAAUAAUAUGAAUGAUGUAACUUUAUGCAAUACAAUGCUCUACGAAGAGUGUCGGGAGUUUUUUGGAUUGAAAUCAAUAUUAGAGCCGAAGAAACUCGACCAAGAAGAAUGGUCUCUUGAUGAGUGGGGCAAGAAUUACUGGAAUUUCCUCCACGCUUUGUCUAUUUUAGUGCAGUAUGAGUACCAAAAGGAUUCUAAUCAUCCUGCGAUGGACUACCUUGCUUUAAUAAUGGUUAAUUUUCACAUAAUCUUGCCCUGCAGUGUAUGCAGUGUUCAUUACAAGGAAAGAAAUCCGCUGGUUAAUAUUACACUGCCGAUUUUACACGGUAAAGAUGCUAUUUAUGUUAUUUAUGAGUUACACAAUAUUGUGCGUCUUAGAAAUGGGUUAGUUUGGUUUCCGAUUGAAAGUUUUGUAAAGAAUUGGAAUUUGGAGAUUUUAAAGUCGGAGAAUGUUGAUAUAGAUAUUACGGAACCGCUUUCAUAG